CACAACUUGCUCUCUCUCUUUCGGCUGUUUUGCAGUUAAAAAAAAUUAAGUAUUCAGGCGUUUCGUAACUAGGGGAAAACGUUUUAAAUUCUAUUCACUCAAGGAAUGAAAUUAAGAGCCGAAAUCGUACGUAAAUUUUUCCCUACACAUUCACUCUUAACAUGAAUCAAAAUCCAUGAUCCUCAAGUCGUAAGAUCCUUCAUUCAGCUAAGGGUAUCGGGGCCCUUAUUCUAUCUGCGGUACUUAUCCUCUGUUCGAGAAUUUUUCCCAUUCUCUCACUGUUUUUUCUUUUUUUUAUUUCUUCAUCUUGCUUGUAUCUGUUAGUACCGAACUGUUUCACUAUACCAAUCUCUAAAAUGGCGUUUGUCAAUUAUUAACGAGAUUAAAAAAAAGGUUUGCAUAACAUUUGCAUACACUGCAUAUAAUAGUGUUUUAAACCCUCCCGGCGGGAUUCUUUGACAGGAAGGAAGGGACAAUUUUUCCUUUUGGUCUUUGGACGUGACGCUCCUCUUUCCUUUCAUGUUACAUCGAAUUCGCUAGUGUAGCUCUUUUUUUUUUCUACUGUUAGUCCCUAAAUACUCUUUAAAUUACAGAAAGCAUAUCCACCUUGAAAAUUCACCAGCGCCUACUCCAGCAAAGAUAUCGCCAUUGUUGAACCAAGUACUAUAUGUUUUUUUUUUUUAAACCACACGUUUAACCUUCAUUCCGGGCAUUGUUCAGCGCCGCUCUUGUUUGACUUGAUUAUGUCACAGUCAUUGUCGCUGUCACACUCCAAAGCAUGCGCUUGAAUUCGAACCGUGUGACGAAUUGUGAUGCAAAUUUUCGUACGUGCUUGACGCAAAAUCUGUGCUGUGCUGUGCUGAUGUUGUACUCACUGUAAGGUUGUGUUGUAGAGUCUACCAGUUCAUUAGUAAACAAUGGAGUCGUAUAUUGAAAGCAGCAGGAAAGUCCGAAGAACCGACCUCAACGCGAGCUUGAUGACGGUUUCGAGCGACGAUUCAUCGGCGACUGGUGCAUCGCAGUGUGUUGUCUCUUAUCCUGAUGUCAGCUCAAGCAGGGAGGCGAAGACGAUAGCGCGGCUCAAACUGGCCCUGGAACUUGUGGCCCUAGGAUUCUUGACCAUGACUGUGCUCUUCAUUUGGCAAAUCACAAAGAAGCGGCCCGAUGCUGCUGUGCAAAAUCCUACAGUUGAUCCAUCAACGGCUGAGGCCAUAUUUGUGUUCAAACUGCUGGAAACCGGCAGAAUAGAUUGUUUAGACGACCCGUUAGAGAAAUAUGAACCCAGAUUUCAAGUUAGGAAUUCUUUCAAUCAGCAAAAAAUAACAAUUAGACAAAUUUUAGCCCACACGUCAGGCCUCCCUCGUGAGGUUCCAUGCAGUGACGCAUACUCAUAUGGUAAAACUCACGUGUGUCCUGUUAACAACACGUACGUCCUUGAACAACUGAGUAAAACUGAACUGAAGAGUCCCCCUGGAAGACUGCCGCACUACAGCAACUUGGGCUAUUCCUUAAUUGCCCGCAUUUUUGCGGAGAAAUUUGCAAACAGCGACUACGAGGGCUGGGUGGAGAGAAAUAUUUUCCAACCAUUAGGAAUGGGGCAAACCGGCUUCAACCUCAGAAGAAUGCCCUCUAACAUGGCUGUGGGCUACGAUGACGAUGGUGAAGCUCCUCUAGUAGACUGGGAUUGGGCCGCCCCAGCAAUUCAAGCAUACUCGACGGCAAAUGAUCUUUAUAAGCUUAUGACGUUUUUACUUGGCAUGUCAAGCGCAUCACUACUAAACCGAGAAUUGGUACAGCAGUUAAUGAAACCAGAUUUUAUGUACCCGGAUGGUAGCACUGUGUUUGGGACUGGCUGGGAGAUUAUUGACGCCGGUACAUAUUCAGUUGUGACAAAGUCAGGAUUUGUUCCGGGAUAUUCUGCUGGAUUUGCAUUUGUUCCAGAAUUUAAGCUUGGAGCAAUUGCCCUUGUCAGCGGCCGUGAAGUUGCGUGGAGGCUUGUGCUUUCAAUUGUCCAAACACUGGCCAAAAAGAUGGAUGCCGUGUUAUUGCGUCAACAGCUGCAGAUCCAGCUCCUUUCCAAUAAUGAACAGUACCUUGGGGAAUACCGUAUUGUCUCUCAUUGGAUGCCGGAAGUGAUUGUUAACAUAACACAAGAGAACGGACUUUUGCUCUUCACCCAACUUCCGGGCUCCCUCGGUUUUUCUUAUCUGAAGCCCAUCACAGACCACGUGUUCGAGGUAAUUUAUAGAGCUGGAUUGGACUGCAUGACCUAUGGAUUGGGACAGAAUCGAGAGAGAGUGUCCUUCGAUCCACCGUCCUCGGAUAAAAAGAGUCCUGGUCUGAAGUUUGGCCCUUAUAUAUUCAAAAGAAUGAACCCUGUACGUAAUAAUGUUUUAAAACCAAGGACGUCUGCUUCACACCUCGCGCCAUCUAGUCUGCUCUAACAGAUUUCAUUGAUAGUAUUUUUUAAAUUUGUGGAGUCAGUUUUGUGAUAUCUACCUUUUUUAUAUCCGUGAAAAAACAUCGCUAACAUCUCUUCUGUCUGACCACCUAGGAAUACCGUUUAGUUGUCAUUCAGUUUUGUUUCUUUGACGACGGGCAAAAUCUCCAAAAGUAAGCUUUGGAAUCUCUUUACGGUUGCCGAUUUACAACUGUAAACUCAGUCGAUAAAGCCAAAUUACUUGUAAUACCCCCACCGACGCAGCACAAGAGUUUCUUUAAAACUUUUCCCCCGAUACACUAGUCGAGAAAUUUUCAUGAGUUGCGGUAGAUAAGUAACUUAAAACAUUCAGAAUGACUGAGUAACGCUAGUUACUGACGGUUAUCCUUUUCUUGCUGUGUGUGUUACUGUAGUGUGAGAAUUUUAAAACUGCAGUGGCAUAAUCCACGCAAACUAGUGAUGAUACUGCCAUUUGUCGUCUCAGACAGGAGAAUAAUUUCUAAUAAGGAUGAAUCAUUUUUUCCAAUUCUUUUCAUGUUUAUUCAUACAUUGCCCCCUCUCUCAAAUGAUCCACCCCGUACACUCUAUUAAUAUAUACCAAAAAGGUGACCAGUGCUUUUCACGCGCGCUGAUUGGCUAGUUUGAAAGUGAAUAGCAAGUGCAAUUCGCCUUCGAGCAGCCGAUGAGGCAAAAUCGAGCAUGAAGAGUUUAAUUUCCGACCAUGUUUUGGUAUGCUGAAAGGAAAUUUUUUUUUUUGUAUCUGUGUAGUAUCGACUAAAACAAUUAUUUACCUCAGUGUCAUUGUUGAUUACUGUUGGCAGUUUGCCUGUAAAUACAGAUUAUCGUGGCUUUCAUACGCUCGUACCAUAUUUGCUCAAGGAAUUUCCUUAAAACUUACAAAUGUAUUUAAUUAUCUGUCAAUUUUCGAAUAUCUUAUUUCAAAUGAAUUAUACUAUUUAAUAAAUUUAAGAAUAAUUAUUUCGGGUACCAAGUUACCCAAACCGAAUUAAAACAAUUAAAUCCUCA